AUGAGUAUCGCUGCCGUAGCCAAUCCGAAUAGCAUUGCAACACAACUAGAUCGUCACGAGCCCACAUCUAAGGCAGCGAAACUUUCACAUAGUGUCAAAUUGGGUGUAGACAUGUCUGCAGAUAGUCAUUCUCCUCGCAACGCGAAGAAAAGAUCGGCCGACACAUCUGGACCUGACACACCAGCCAAGCGUCGACGUUCUGAGUCAGCACGUGAUAAUGAAAGCAAUCAAGCUUCUUCGAAGAUCGGCCUUGGAAUCUCAGGUGCUGACGACAUAACCAACGCAGCCGCAAACCGAGAAACCGACACCCCCAAGGGAAAACAAAUAUUCUCUGGAAAACGGAAAUCCGUCUCUUUCACACCUGAAACGAAGCAGGAAGACGGAUUCUCGGCAUCUCGAAUUUUCCGCUCAUACCUUCCUCCAGGCCAUCCAAGGUCAUUAACGCAGGAGGUUGUCGUUGAGGAAUCGACAGAAGUAAAACCCGAAUCACCUUCAAAGUCGCCCAAGGACGAGACCAAGACCAAGAAGAAGAAGUCGAAAUCCAAUGACCAGCCCCACAAAGAUCCGGCAGCACAAACCUCGAAAUCAGAGCCUGCCAAGUCAUCAGAUGAUCAGAAGAUCCCUCCGUACCUGCAAUACCUCCAGCUGUACCAUCACGAUCGAAGCAAUUGGAAGUUCCAAUCAAUACAGCAAAAGCAAUUACUCAAGAACAUCUUUAAUAUAUACCGCAUUCCCGAUGCCUACACUGCCGCCCUGGCCAACUAUGUCUCAGGGUUGAAAAGCCUUGGAUCACGAAUACUUCUAGCGAAGCAAGCAGAUGAGAUCCUGCAGGAAUUCCACAACGCCCACUCUGGUGAACCGCUAAAGCUAUCUAUGGAGUCACUCGGUGCGCGCAAACAAGCUUAUCAGGCCGCUUUGCAGCGCGCUCAAGAGCAACACGAGGCUCGCGGAGGAAAGAACAGCGAAUACGAAGAGAACCAACUGUUGGAAGAGCACAAUGCCCGGAUACGAGCAGAACGUGCAGAGAAGAUUUUGUUUGAGGCAUUGAACCUUGAGCUCGAUCCGAAACUCAUCAGCGCAAUCUGUGCUGAGCCUGCUGCCGACGGAACACCUGACGAGCCCGCUGAGGAGGAGCAAGUCCAAAACAAGCGAAAGCGAAAAGCCCGAACCCAUGUCUCGGACGACGAGUCAAGCAGCAGCAGCAGUAGUAGCAGCAGCAGUGAGAGUGAAAGCGACGAUUCAGCUGACGAGGCGACAGAGGCUCCAUCAAAGAAGAAAGUCAAGAAGACGAAGCCGGAGCCAAUAUUCGGAGCUGCUCUUCUGAAGCGUGUCUUCGACAAGAAGAACGCCAAUGGCAAGUCUGCACCCUCGUCAAGCUCUAGCGAGUCUGAGAGCGACGGCGAAAGUACCAGCGACGAGAGCAGCGCGAGCGACAAUGACGAUGAAACAAGCACAAGCAGCGCAAGUACAAGCGAGGAGAGCGGUGAUGAGUCGUCGUGA